ACUGCCAGUGAGCAGUCCACUGCUGCGCGAACAAACUAUUUACAACUUUAUUCCAACAACAAAAGGUUCAGAUUCCGUCAUGUCGAAAGUUAUGUUGAGUCGUGAACUCCCAGAUAUAGAGAAUUUGCUUAAGCUAAAUCCGACGGUCAAGCCAUACACCAACUUGGUGCCAUCAGCUCAGACCAAGAAUAAUAAGCAGCAUUGGAAGAGAAAUACGGAUAGAAAAUGCACUACCUGUCCAUCCCUCACCAAGAACUUCGAGGACAUCAAGCACACGACACUCUCGGAGCGUGGCGCGUUGAAGGAGGCAGCAAGAUGUCUGAAGUGCGCCGACGCUCCGUGCCAGAAGUCCUGUCCCACGCAGAUUGAUGUGAAGAGCUUUAUCACUAGCAUUGCUAAUAAGAACUACUACGGCGCGGCCAAGGCCAUAUUAUCCGACAACCCGCUGGGUCUGACCUGCGGCAUGGUGUGUCCGACCAGCGACCUAUGCGUCGGAGGCUGCAACCUCCACGCCAGCGAGGAGGGUGCUAUCAAUAUUGGUGGGCUGCAGCAUUUUGCCGUUGACAUAUUCAUGAAGAUGGGCAUACACCAGACCCUAGACCCAAAGACGAAGCCUUUGCCGAAAGGUGGAGACCAGAAGAUAGCCCUCGUCGGUGGUGGACCAGCCAGCAUUAGCUGUGCCUGCUUCCUCGCUAGACUGGGUUACAAGAACAUCACUGUUUAUGAAAAGGAGAAAUAUCUUGGUGGACUUAGUUCGUCGGAAAUCCCCCAAUACCGUUUGCCAUACGACGUAGUGCAGUUCGAAGUGGAACUCGUCAAAAACCUGGGCGUUAAGUUCGUUACCGGCAGAAAACUGUCCACCACUGAUAUCACUGUUGAUAAAUUGCUAAAGGAAGGUAACGCUGCUGUCUUCCUCGGUAUCGGUUUACCAGAGCCCAAGAACGUACCGAUAUUUAAGAACCUCACUCAAGACAUGGGCUUUUACACCAGCAAAGAUUUCUUGCCAUUAGUAUCGAAGGGCAGUAAAAAAGGCAUGUGCGCCUGCAAGGCCUCUCUGCCGGAGCUCUACGGUAAUGUCAUAGUUCUCGGCGCGGGGGACACAGCGUUUGACUGCGCGACAUCCGCGCUGCGUUGCGGCGCGAGACGCGUGUACGUCGUGUUCAGGAAGGGCUUUACGAACAUCAGGGCUGUGCCUGAAGAGGUCGAUUUGGCAAAAGAAGAGAAAUGCGAAUUCGUACCGUUUAUGUCACCACAAGAAGUAAUCGUACGGGAUAGCAAGAUUGCAGCUUUGAAAAUGUGCAAAACCGAACAACUGGACGACGGUGAAUGGAUAGAAGACCAAGAUCAAGUUCUGCAGUUAAAGGCCAACUUCAUCAUAUCUGCCUUCGGUUCUGGACUUUAUGAAACUGAUGUCAAACAUGCGAUGGGCGACGUGAAGUUAAACAGAUGGGGCCUACCGGAGGUGGAUACAACUACGAUGCAGAGCUCCAACCCUAAAGUGUUCGUUGGCGGGGAUUUGGCUGGGGUCGCAGAGACCACGGUCGAGUCUGUCAACGAUGGCAAGACCGCUGCGUGGUACAUGCACUGUUAUUUGCAGGGUCUGCCUUUCAAUUCGACAGUGGAGUUACCCAAGUUCCACACGCCAAUAGACGAUGUGGACCUAUCAGUUGAGGUGUGCGGGAUAAAGUUUGAGAACCCCUUCGGGUUGGCCAGCGCGCCGCCUACUACCAGCGCCGCCAUGAUAAGACGAGCCUUUCAACAGGGCUGGGGCUUCGCUGUUACCAAGACCUUUGGAUUGGAUAAGGAUUUAGUCACCAACGUGUCUCCUCGUAUAGUGCGUGGAGUGACGUCCGGUGAGAACUACGGGCCAGGCCAGGGUUCGUUCCUGAACAUCGAGUUGAUCUCCGAGAAGUGUGAGGCGUACUGGUGUCAGAGCAUAAAGGAGUUGAAGAGAGAUUUCCCUAGUAAAGUGAUAAUAGCGUCGAUAAUGUGUUCGUACAACGAAGCCGACUGGGUGGAGUUGGCGCAAAAGGCGGAAGCGGCGGGAGCUGAUGCGUUAGAGCUGAACCUGUCUUGUCCACACGGGAUGGGAGAAUCCGGCAUGGGAUUGGCUUGUGGACAGGACCCAGUGCUAGUGAAAGGUAUAUCAGAAUGGGUGCGGCGGGCGAUCAAAAUUCCCUUUUUUGUCAAACUCACCCCCAACAUUACCGAUAUAGUGGGCAUCGCUAUGGCGGCCAAUGCAGGUGGUGCGAGUGGAGUUUCUGCCAUCAACACAGUGCAGGGACUAAUGACAGUUAAAGCCACCGCCGAGCCGUGGCCUGGAGUCGGCACCGACAAGCGUACCACCUACGGCGGCGUCUCCGGCAACGCGACGCGGCCGAUGGGGCUCCGAGCGGUGUCCUCGAUCGCGAACAAGCUGCCCGGCUUCCCUAUACUCGGCAUCGGCGGUAUCGAUUCCGCAGAGUCCGCGCUGCAGUUUAUACUCUGUGGGGCUCCAGUUGUACAGAUCUGUAGCGCAGUACAAAACCAAGACUUCACAGUAGUAGAGGAUUACAUAACAGGGUUAAAAGCCCUCUUGUACCUUCGGUCUAUCGGACUGGACGGAUGGACGGGACAAUCGCCACCGACAUUCAAACACCAAAAGGGCAAACCCGUACAAACCCUGUAUGAUGAUAAUGGCAUGGUCUUAGCCCACUUUGGUCCUUACAACAAAAAACGUGAAGAGCUACUAACUAAAAUGAGAUUAGAAUCCGAUCUAUUGAACGGUGCGGAUUGUGGAUACAAGAAGAAUGGAGAAACUAACGGAUGUAGUCAAGUACCGAAAAUCCAAGAUGUCCUUGGAGAGGCACUGCCGAAGAUUGGGUCAUACAAGAGUUUGGACAAUACGAAGCAAGUUGUGGCUCUUAUUGAUGAUGACAUGUGUAUAAACUGUGGUAAAUGUUACAUGGCGUGCGCUGAUUCUGGAUAUCAGGCGAUUGAGUUCGAUCCCCAAACGCACUUACCCCACGUGACUGACGACUGUACUGGGUGCACAUUAUGUCUGUCCGUCUGCCCCAUUAUUGAUUGCAUUUCAAUGGUGCCCAAAACCAUCCCCCACAUUAUAAAAAGAGGAUUACACUAUCAAGUUCAUCCGGUAAGACCGCUGGAUGGAGUGUCUCAAUAAAAGAAGUAUUCAGUUCUUCUGAAUGAUAUAUUGUAAAGUUUGUAAAAUAUUUUAUAAAAGCAAUAAAAUAUACUCAACCCAUAACUUUCUUAUAUACAA